UGGGCGUGAUUUGUGAUCGAAUAAUGGCGCUUAUUAGAUAUAUAGCCUGUAGACCGUACGAUUUUUUGUAGGUCUUUUUUUAUUAUGGAAAUAGUUUUAACUUUAUACCAGUUUCAAGUAAAGAUUUCCAGUCUGUGCUUACCCUUAUAAUAAUAAAAAAACAUCGUUCUCUGCACAAUCCGUGGUUAAUACCUCUUGUGAUCGUUCUAAUCUGUGCUUAAUAACAUAUAUUUGUAAUAAAAGUAUUUUGAUUUUUGUUCUAUGUUGAGUACCAAAAAGCUUAUUUUCAUAAAAUCCCAAACAUAACAAAAACUUAUUCUGUUAGACUUCAUAAUUUAGAACAUAUCUUCAUUCCAUAGUUUCAAUUCGAUUUUCAUUCACUGUGUGACAGAGAUAACCUAUUAAUUCCAUUUGGUACAUAAUUCCUAUACCUAAUAAAAAUUUAUUUAUCUUUUACACAAAUAUAACUUAAAAAGAUCAUGGAAAAUAGUGAUAACGAACAGCUCUCUGAUAUUGAUGAUGAUGAGAGGACUGCUAUUAAGGAAGAAUUAUCAACCAUGUCCUUUGAAGAUCUCCAGAAGCUAAAAGAAAAAGUUGGUGCUAAAGUUUAUAAAGAGGUAGUAUUUGGCACCAGUAAUAUUGAACCAAAGCAUAAAGUGUUUAAAAGGGAGAAUAAAAAUAGACCUAGGGAAAUGAGUUCCAAAAGACCAGUAAAAAUGCAUCUUGAUAUUGGUUCUGUGCAAAAGAUAGAGACCCGUGAUCCAAGGUUUGAUCCAUUAUGUGGAACUUUUGAUAAGAAACAAUUUUCUCAAGACUAUGGUUUCCUAACUGAUAUGCAAGUUAGUGAUAUGAAAGCUAUAAAGGCAGAAUUAAAACUAACCACAGAUCCGGAAAAACAAAUGCAGUUGAAGCGUCUCUUACAAAGGCUAAAGGAUAAGAUAAGAACUAACAAGAAUGAUAGGAAAGAGAAAGAAAGAAGAAGUAGAGAGGCCCAGCAAGUAGAAGAAGAGUUUAAGCAGGGGAAACAACCUCACUUUAAAAAGAAAUCGGAAAUGCGAGUUGAAUCAUUGGUGAAGCAAUAUGAAGAUCUAAAGAAAGAAGGUUCUAGCAGAAUACAGAGGCAUCUUAAGCGAAGACAACAGAAGAUCAAGAAGAAAUCAUUCAAAACUCCAAUUGGUGUUGAUUAAUGUAUUUUAUGUGAAUACAAGUUUAUAAUGUU